AAAUUAUGGAGACACACACUUCAACUUGAAGUACAGUAUUGCUGAAGAGAAGAAUACAGGUACCAGAUGGGGCCAUAUUGGACUACAAGAAGUUGGUAUAAACAAGAAGAAGAGAAUCAUGGUAGCACAUGCCUGUAAUCACAGUGCUCAGGAAGCAAAGACAGGAGUGUCACAUGUUUGAGGCCAAUCUUGAGAUUUUUUUGUACUAUUAAAGUUGAAGAAAUCUGUAUCAAUUUGAGCAGCAGAAACAAUUAUGAAGAAUAAAUUAGACAAGAGAUAAUGGAAUUCCUCUGUUGUAAAUGAAGCAUGUUGGAGGAGAAGAGAAGCGUCAGGAGACAUGAGAACAUGGACAUGAACUGAAUCUGCUUCUGUGUUCCAGUAAAGACAAGAUGUGAUCCUGAUACAUGGAUAUAUUCUCACAGAAAGGGAUAGAUGAAAUAAGACAAUAAAGGGGAGACUUUAUAUAAUUUAUGACAGCAUUUCAAGGAUACUGGAGAAGAAAAUGAUAACGAGCAACCAAACUGUUGUCUCCAAGUUCUUCCUCCUGGGCCUGCCCAUCCCCCCAGAGCACCAGCAUCUGUUCUAUGCCCUGUUCCUGGCCAUGUACCUCACCACCGUCCUGGGGAACCUCCUCAUCAUCAUCCUCAUUCUACUGGACUCCCAUCUCCACACUCCCAUGUACUUUUUUCUUAGCAACUUGUCCUUCUCUGACCUCUGCUAUUCCUCUGUCACAAUGCCCAAAUUGCUACAAAACAUGCAGGGCCAGGACCCAUCCAUCACCUAUGCAGGUUGUCUGGCACAAAUGUACUUUUUAAUGGUUUUUGCAGACAUGGAGAACUUCCUUCUUCUGGUCAUGGCCUAUGACCGCUAUGUAGCCAUCUGCUUCCCCCUUCAUUACACCAGCAUCAUGAGCACUAAGCUCUGUGUGUAUCUGGUAGUGCUGUCCUGGGUAUUUACUAUGCUGUAUUCCAUGUUGCACACUGUACUCUUUGCUAGAUUGUCAUUCUGUGGGGAUAACAUGAUCCCUCAGUUUUUCUGUGACAUAUCUGCCCUGUUCAAGUUGGCCUGCUCUGACACUUAUAUUAAUGAACUAUUGAUAAUUAUCUUGGGAGGGCUCAUUAUUGGCAUUCCAUUCUCACUUAUCAUUGUGUCCUAUGUGCAAAUUGUCUGUUCCAUCCUCAAGAUUUCAUCUGCUCGGGUUAUCCACAAGGUCUUCUCUACCUGUGGCUCCCACCUGUCUGUGGUCUCACUGUUUUAUGGGACAAUUAUUGGUCUAUACAUAUGUCCAUCAGGCAAUAACUCCACUGUGAAGGAGACAGCCAUGGCCAUGAUGUACACAGUGGUGACUCCCAUGCUGAAUCCCUUCAUUUACAGCCUGAGAAACAGAGACAUGAAAGAUGCUCUGAGGAGGGUUCUUUGUGAGAAGAAAACCUCUUUAUAA